UCAUAGUGAUGGUGCGAACAUACAAAAGGAAAUCCGGAAGACAGAAUUGGUCAAAAACGGCCCUGCAGGCGGCUUUGACCUCUAUAAGGCGAGACGGAAAAUCAACGAAACGAGGCGCUAAUUACCAUGGUAUUCCGCGGCAGACGCUAGCUCGGUAUGUGAGAAAAUACGAAGCGGCAGUGUCGGGGCAGGAGGUGAGCCGUAUUGGUUCCUUUAAAACUGUUUUCACCCCCGUCGAAGAACAAGAGCUGGUGGACCAUAUUUUGGAUAUGGAGCUUCGAUGCUACGGCAUUACUACCCGUGAAAUCAGAAGUCUCGCAUAUCAGCUGGCGGAGAAAAACGGAAAAGCCCAUGUCUUCAAUAAUAAAACGCAGCUAGCUGGCUGGGAUUGAUUGCGUGGUUUUCGUAAGCGUCAUCCGGAACUAUCUUUGCGUGCUCUGAAGGCAACCUCUGCGGCUCGUUUACAAGGAUUCAACAGGGUAGCGGUCAACAAUUUUUUCGACGUUUUGACCCAGACGAUGGCGGCAGGCAUCUUUUCUCCAAGCAGGACAUUCAACGUCGACGAAUCAUCCAUCCUUACGGUACAAACGAAAAGAUCCAAUGUGCUUGCUUUGGAGGGACGCCGACAGGUCGGAUCGAUAACAUCUGCGGAGAGAGGGCUGCUUUCCACAGCAUGAAUUUGCAUGUCGGCUUCAGGAAACUUCGUUCCGCCGAUGAUGAUAUUCCCCAGAACCCGGCUGACCGAGGCUCUGAAAAAAGGUGCCCCUCCGGACACGCUCUUCGUUUGCAACUCGUCUGGGUGGAUGACGGUGAACGAAUUUAAUGCCUGGUUCGAGCAUUUCUUGCACCACACACGACCAACAGCUGAAUCGUCAGUGCUCCUCCUGCUGGAUGGACAUAACUCACACAUCAAGAAUCUCACCUUUCUCGAGCGAGCACGUGAGUGUUUUGUGACUGUUGUCACUUUACCCUCCCCCCCCCACUGCAGUCAUAAGGUUCAGCUUCUCGACGUAAGUUUUAUGGGACCCUUGAAAACUUCUUUUUCGAAAGCAGUCGAAGCCUACCUGUAGGCUAAUCCAGGUAAAGUCGCUACCCUUAAUGAAAUCAGCGAGCUAUUUGGAUUGGCAUACAUGCAAGCUGCUAAUGCGGCAACAGCGAAAAACGGAUUCAGUGCGACCGGUAUUGUCCCGCUGAUUAGAUUCGUUUUCACCGACAAAUGUUUUGCCCCCGCUGAUGUUACGGAUGUUCUCCCAGACAUUGAUCCCAUUCCAGGCGCGCCUUCAUGCAGUCGAGAGGAUGAUGCAUCUGCCAAAGUUGACACGUUGGAGUGUGAGACAGGUCGUUCACACAGGGUGAACCGUUCCUUCGAAGGUGAAAAUAGUUCCUUGCUUGAUGGAACAGCAGACGUCCUUCCUGGAACAGAAUCAGUUCCAUACACAGAGUGUUCAAGUGGUGCAUCUGCCGAAUUCAACGCAAUGGAUUGGGUGCCGGGCUCUCCUCAAAGUAUAAACAGUUCGUUUGGAAGUGAUGGAAAUAAAACCAUUCCGAUGACUUUACCGUGUCGAGUGAGUGACUUCAAGGUUUCUUCAUCUGAAGUGAUGUCUCUACCAAAAACAAGCACCCGAAAAAUCGUUCGAGGUAGGAGGGGAAAAGCCAGCAAUAUAACCGCCAGUCCUUAUCGGAAUGAGCUGAAGUCAUUGCAAACUUUGAAGAAUAUAAGAAAACUGAAGAAAGCCAAGAAAGUGGAGCAGAAAGGCUUUUCUAACAAUGGAUCCGAAACCUCCAAGCGAGGUCGACCAAAAGGAGCCAAAAACCAAUCAAAAACGACGGUUAUGCAAGAUUCACUUUGCGAACAUUGUGGCAGCUGCUUCAGUUUGUCGGAGGAUGGACAAGAUUGGUUAAAGUGUUCGAAGUGCUUCUUGUGGUUUCAUGCAUGUCAAGAGAAUGCACGAUGCCCAUCAUGUGACUUCGCAAAGAUGCAGUUGCCGUGCUGAGCUUUUCCUUUUUUUUUUAUAAAACCUUUAUCACUACACCUUGUCUGUUUUGUAGUUAUUUCUUCUUUUAUUGAAGAAAUUUUUUGUUGAAGCUAAUUAUGCCUUUGUUGACGUUGAAUUGUUUUUUUUAGUGUUGAUGAAGUAAGU